CGCCUUGGUAACGGGAAAGGGGGGCUAACGGCCGGAGGGAAGGAGAGGAGAGGUACCCAGGCUCAUCACAUGACCGUUCCUUUAUCUUUAUCUCCGUGCUGCAUGAACAUUGUUGCUUUCUUGGAUCCACGGCGGCGGUAGAACAGUGAGAACAGCCAGUCUUCUCCUCGGAAACAUUUGAACGGGUCCGUUGAACGGCGUUGACAUGUCAGACGUAGUCCCUCCAGAGGUUAGACCCAAACCAGCCGUCCCUGCCAAGCCCCCGAGUGUGGGGGUUCCUUCCCCUUCUAGCCCCUUCCCACCACAGGGCCCGGGUGUUGGAGGAGUUGGCGUCUCUGCCCCACCUCCAAGCGCCAUUCCAGUUCCCAUCGGAAGUCACGGUCCAAGCCACGUUAGCAGUCACGGAGUGGGUCAUGGCGUGAGCCACGGUGCUGGUCAUGCUGGGAGUCACCCUGCAGCACACAGCGGAGGUCACGGUCACGGUGGCUCUCACAGCUCCAGCGGAGGAUCCACUCUGCUGGGUUACAUUGGUAUCGACACCAUCAUUGAGCAGAUGAGGAAGAAGACCAUGAAGACAGGGUUUGACUUCAAUAUCAUGGUAGUGGGUCACAGUGGUCUUGGAAAGUCAACUCUGGUCAACACCUUAUUCAAGUCCCAGGUGAGCAGGAAGAGUGCAGGAUGGGCCCGUGAUGAGAAGAUCCCCAAAACUGUGGAGAUCAAGGCAGUGUCUCAUGUCAUUGAGGAGGGGGGUGUGAAGAUGAAGCUGACAGUUGUCGACACUCCAGGCUUUGGAGACCAAAUCAAUAAUGACAACUGCUGGGAGCCUAUUUCCAAAUACAUCAAUGAGCAGUAUGAGAAGUUCCUAAAGGAAGAGGUCAACAUCACCAGAAAGAAGCGCAUCCCGGACACCAGGAUGCACUGCUGUCUCUAUUUCAUCUCCCCAACUGGACACUCUCUUCGACAGCUAGACCUCGAGUUCAUGAAGCGCUUGAGUCACUCAGUCAACAUUAUUCCAGUUAUUGCCAAAGCAGAUACGAUGACCAUUGAGGAGAGACAGGAGUUCAAGCAGCGGGUAAGGAAGGAGCUGGAGAUGAGCGGGAUUGAGUUUUACCCACAGAAAGAGUUUGAUGAGGACAUGGAGGACAAGAGCGACAAUGACAAAAUCAGAGAGGCGAUGCCCUUUGCUGUGGUGGGGAGUGACAAAGAAUAUCAGGUGAACGGCAAAAGAGUUCUGGGGAGGAAGACAGCGUGGGGAAUCGUAGAAGUUGAAAAUCCAAACCAUUGUGAGUUCGCUCAGCUGAGAGAUUUCUUGAUCAGAUCUCACCUCCAGGAUUUGAAGGAAGUCACUCAUAACAUUCACUAUGAAACCUACCGUGCCAAGAGACUGAACGAGAAUGGAGGUCUGCACCCCAUAUCUUCCAAUGACACCCAAGAAAGCAACCUGUAGUCAUUCAGUUGGUAAAAUGUUCAAAGUGAGAAUAAAAACUAUACAUUGAAGGUGACAGAUGAACAUACAAAACAUUUCAAACAUUGUCACCACAGCAUUUCUGCAUGCGUGGAAGUAAUUUGAAUCUGUACAAAUUGGUGUAAUUUAAUCUUUAAACUCCACCUAUGCUUAUUUUUCACUUUCUUCUCCACGUAAACCCCACCAAGCAUAUCAACCCCCCUCUCCUCCAUUCUCAUUUCAGAGUCCAUUUGACUAUUUGGAGGCAGGGACAUCCACAGACUUAGUGCCAUUAUAAAAUUAACAUCAUCUACUGCCAACGCCUUGUCAUCUCUCAUAGUUCAGUUAGUGCAAGUUUAGAAAGUGUCACUUUAUUAAGUGUAUGAGAGACAAAUUUAUAUGUUUUGUUAUUUUGUAGCAAUUGAUAUCUGAAUUUAGACAAACAAGAUGAUUUGUUCCAAUGAUAAUUCCUGUGUAGUAGUGAUGCAUGAGCCAGCUGUGCAGCUGACUCUGUUGAAAUGGCUCUUUUAAGAUCCUCAGCAGUAAGUGUUGAUCAGAAGAAGGAAUCCCAGUGACUGUGCUAUCAGGAGGGCUUAACAAACAUUACAAGCUGUGCCGACUUCUUUAAUAACCAACUCCAAGGAGGAAACAAAUGAAAUUUCUCUCAUAUUCCCUCGCCUUGUUUAAGUUCGGCUUUCCAUUUUUAAGUAGUUUAGGCGCACCGACCUGCAUACUAAGAUGGGAGACAGCUGCAACAUGAGCCACGUAUGAAAUGCAGUUCAUGCAGGCGUCGGUAUUUGUGUGUUCAAUUAAAGAUUCCACUGUGCAUACUGCAGAUUCAGUGAUUCCAUAAUUCACCAUUAUAGUGCAAACACAAACUGAACAGUCUGUAGACAGCUCAGCAUGGUUUGUUUCACCACAGUGAACACAGAGGAAAGGAGUGUUGAGUGCACUUUACUGCGUUUACGCUGCUGCUCACUUCCAUCAGCAGACUGUGUUACGUCUUGCAUACUUUUAUCUAGAUUCGGAUGCAUCUUGUGACACAUUUUUCGUUUUUAAAUAGAGGCUUUUAAAUUGACUACAGCAUUUCAUUUAAGCUGUAUGGCAACAACAACAUUUCAAUUACAAACUUUCUCAACUGGAAUGAUUCAUAUAUGGUCUAAACCAAAUUGUAUAAACUACUCUUCUCUGCACAUUGUGUUUGAUUUGUUUGGCUUGAAAGGUUUUUAUUGCACAUUUCCCCAUCUUACUCAUUUUAGUGGCCAUUCGUGAAAAGAGUAUUUUCUGACCCAAAAAAUUCUGAUCACUGGUGUGAUCAGUGUAUAUUCUCUGCACAGCAAGUGAAGGAGAACAAAAAAACUGAAAUUAUUUUUGAUAUCUUGUGCCAUGCAAAGUACAUGCAAACAGUGCAGAACUCUAAAGCAUUUGUGUUGCCAUUUUAAAAUGACAUUACUCCUAUGCACCACUUGGUGGCAGCACUCUGCCAUGUUAAAGCAGUGACUGAAUAUAACAAGAAAAAGACACUUGGACCAGCUCUGUGUCCACCUCAGAUGUUCCAACUGCUGAGCCUUUAAUGAUAUUUUUUUUCGUCAAAUGUGUCAAAUCCAGUCUUAUUUCCACAUGAAGUUUACAGAGUUUGGGUCGACCAACAUCUCCAGGUCAGGUUUACAAGACAAUUUUAACAAUAGUACCCCAAUUGUAUGCACUCCAUUUGGAGGUGUAAUUAUUUGAGAUCAGAUUAUUUAUUGAGCUGUGAACAUGUUUACCAAGUUUUCGUCAGGAAUUCAACAUAUAUACUGUUCUGCCAUACACUGUCUGCAGUAGAGCGCAAACACGCCAAAACUAAUUUAAUCUUUCAAUAUCUAUCAGUCUUUUUCCAGUGUAACCUCAACCUUCAUUUUAAACAGUCAUGUGUUUGUAUGAUUUUGAUAUGAAGUGUGAUGUCUGCUACAAAAUGAUAAUAGUUGUCUGUGAUUUUAGUGCAGUCAAAUGUUGUCGAGCAGAAAUUUGAACCAGUGUGACCAGACGUUCUGUUUCUACGGUGUUUAUGUGUGCAUGCUUGUGUCCAUGUUGCCUGUUUGCAUACGGCGAUUCAGUUCACUCAACACUGGAGCUUCACGUCAACUAACAAGUUAUAUUUCUGAAUGUGUGAUGUGUACAUUAAAUUGAUAUAUCAGAAGGUAAA